AUGAGUGAAGAUCAGGGAAAUGAAUUGACGGAGGAAGUGAAAGAAUUGAGCCUGGAAGAGCAAGAAAAUGGUGAUGAAACCGAGAUCAAAAAGGACACAGUCGAUGGAGAUAUAGAGAACGAGCGUGAAGAAGAGCAGAAGAAAGAAGAUGCUGAUGAACUAGAGAACAAACAAGAAGAAGAAAAAGAAGAAGAAGUGGAAGAAGAGGAAGUUGAUGAAGAAGACGAUGAUGAUGAAUUUGGUGCAUUCUCAGAUGCCUCAUUUGAUGAGUUCGAACAACCUCCAGAACCAGAAUCACCAAAACAAGAAGAAUCAAUAUCAACUCCAGAAACCAACAACACCCAUCUCAAAUUACCACAAGAUUUAUUUGAUGAACCCGAGAUGUUUCAAACGAGAGUUCAAGAACUAUUGAAUCAAUCAUUUCCUGAAGAAUUACCACCAGCUUCAGUGCCCUCAAAUACAGAUGUUUUAAAUGAAAGAUCAAGAUUACUGUUGGAAAGAUUAGUCGCUUUACCAUAUUUGAAACCUUAUAGUUGGAAAAAAAGUUCACUUAGAAGACAAUUAUUACAAACUUUAGGAAUUGAUUCUGAAAAAGAUCAAAUAAGGAGAAAGAAUUUAGAUGAUGGUUCAAAUUAUAAAAUUCCUGAUUUUGAAAGUUUGAAUAUAAGUGAUGAAGAAGCCAAGAAAUAUAGAGAGAAUACAGAUGAGAUAUUGAAUAAAUUUCAAGAAUCAAUUAAAGAAGAUGAUGAAUUGACAAACCUUGAUCAAGAAACCUUGAAUAAAGUUGUAUUGGAAUAUAAAGAACAAAUUAAAGAAUUAAAAAAAUUAUUAUCAAUAUGGGAAUAUGAACAAAAAAAUCUUGAGAUUGAUAAUGAAACAUUUGAAGGAGUUGUAGAAAAUCUUGUUGGACAUACACAAAGAUUAAGAAGAGAAGAAACUAUGAAAAGUUUGAAAAAAGAAUCAAGGAAAUCUAAAGGUUUAUCAAUGUUUAAAAAAAAAUCUAAAAAAUAG